AUGUCCAUAAAAACCAGUGAAAACCCAAGGCAAAGUCAACCCUGCAAUAGUAAUAGAAACACUAAUAUGAUAUUUAGAGUAGUUAAUAAGAGAAACAAAGAGAUCAUCCUUCCACAAAAGAAGAAGGCCCCCCUUGUGACCAAUAGGGUCCACUGCAAAAACACCCUGAAACCCAAGUUUACAACGAAGUCUUUGAGCCUGAACAUAAUACACCUUCGUUCCAUAAGAAAACAAAGACUGGGCACUUUCUCCCUCACCAAUUAUAGGAGUUCACACAUUGUAGGUCGCAAACAGCAAUCUAAGAUCUUGUGGCUUCAAGCAGGAGAUCGUAAUUCCAAAUACUUCCACCAUUGUACGCGGCAGAGAAAAAAGUCCCUCUUAAUAGAGACCAUUCAGGACUCCCAGGGCAACUUGAUAUAUGCUGAAGACCUCAUCAGAGACUCUUUUCAUUCUUAUUUCUCCUCUCUGUUUACUAGCUCUUUGACUUCACGGUCUGCUGGGGAUUUUCUCACGGAUUUGCAACCUAAGGUCACUGAUCAUAUGAAUUCUAUUUUAUGUAAGCCUUGUUCCAAGGAGGAGGUUUUUUUGGCAGUAUCCGAGAUUGAUCCCAAUAAAUCCUCCGGGCCGGAUGGAUUUUCUUCGGCGUUCUAUACGCAGAAUUGGGAGUUCCUAGGGGAUGAUGUUUUCGCAGUAGUCAAUGAAUUUAUGCUCUCUGGUUCCUUGUUUCCCGCUAUUAAUAAUACUCUUAUCGUCUUACUUCCCAAAGUCAAGCAGUCUUCCAAAGUGACGGAUUUCCGUCCGAUCAGUUUGCGUAAUGUCUUGUAUAAGAUUAUUGCUAAGCUAUUGGUCAAUAGAUUGAAGACUAUUUUACCAGUGAUCAUAGGAGAGAAUCAAUCGGCUUUCAUUAAGGGUACACUGAUUACAGAUAAUAUUGUUGUUGCGUAUGAAGCACUGCAUUCUAUGGCAAUCAAACAUCGCAGCAAUAAAGACUAUAUGGCUGUUAAAUUGGAUAUGAGUAAAGCUUAUGACAGAGUGGAAUGGGCGUUUCUUGAGGAGGUCAUGGCUAGAUUGGGGUUCUGUGAUGUGUGGAUUCGGUGGAUUUCUCAGUGCAUCAGAUCGGUUUCAUAUUCUAUCCUGGUGAAUGGGGUUUAUAGUGAUCCAGUUAUUCCCUCCCGUGGACUGAGACAAGGUGAUCCUUUGUCUCCCCUUUUGUUUGUGAUGUGUACUGAAGCCUUGAGUCAUAGAUUACUAGUGUUGGAGAGGUCCGAUAAGAUGGUAGGGGUCCCUUUUGGAGGAGGGAGAAUUCGGGUUUCACAUCUUUUUUUCGCAGAUGAUUGUCUCUUAUUUUGUCGAGCCACUGGAGGGGCUUGGGAUCAGGUUCAUAGUAUCCUAGUUGAUUAUGAGAGUGUUUCGGGCCAAAAGCUUAAUAUCGAGAAAACUUCCCUCUUUUUUAGCAAACACACAGAUUGUGGGGUGAAGGAGCAGUUGAAACUUGCUAUUGGGGUGCAUGAAAUUAAAUCUUUUGAGCAUUACUUAGGUCUCCCUGCUAUGAUUGGAAGAUCAAAGACUGAUUCAUUGAGGUUUCUGGUGGAUAAAGUGCGGAAGAGAACUCAAGAUUGGAAGAAUCGAUUUCUGUCUUUUACAGGCAGGGAAGUAUUGAUCAAAUCGGUUCUCCAGGCUAUCCCUACUUAUAGUAUGCAAGUUUUCCGAUUCCGGAUGGCCUUUGCAAGGAGCUUAAUGGAAUUAUUCGCCAAUUUUGGUGGAAAGGGGCAUCGUCUGGAAAAGGGCUGGAGAAUUAUUCAAUAUCCAGAUUCUCUAGUGUCAAGGGUGCUAAAAGCCAAGUACUUCAGGAAUGAUUCUUUCCUUGACGUGGAUACCCUCUCAAAUUCUUCCUUUGUUUGGAAAAGUAUUUGUUCCGCCAGGUGGGUUCUUAAGGACGGUUUACAAUGGAGAAUUGGGAAUGGACAUUCCACUCGGAUAUGGAGGGAUAAAUGGGUUCCCAAGUCUCUCCAUUUUAAUGAGAGAGCUUUGGAAAGGGGCUUUUCUAGGAACUCUACUGUACAUGUUUUAAUUGAUCCCAAUACUUGUUGGUGGAAUACCCAGCUUAUUGGGGAAUUAUUUUCUUCCGAGGAAGCCCAGGUGAUUCUUCUUCUCCCUGUAUGUCCUUGCAGGGGGGUGGAUAAAUGUUUUUGGGAUGGAACACGGAAUGGGGUCUAUUCCGUACGGAGUGGUUACCAUAGGAUUUUGGAGUUCCACGAGAGGUUGGAGCCUAUUUCUUCUACUACACCUGAGAUAGAUAAUAUAUGGAAUUCUAUUUGGUCACUUCAAAUACCUCCCUCUACCAAAGUUUUCAUGUGGCGAGCAAUACACAAUAUCCUUCCUACUUUCUCAAAUCUUUGUUCUAGGAAGAUUGUUUUGCUUGAUGUUUGCCCAGUUUGUAAUUUGUAUUCUGAAUCAAUUAUGCAUGCCUUGUUUUUGUGUUCCAAAGCCUCUGAGGUUUUUGCUUUUAGUUCCAAGCAGCUUCAAAAACUUCCUUUGGUGGGGUCCUCAUUUAGAGAAGCUUGGUGUUACUACCAUGAGAAGCUCGGUCCUUCGGCUUUGGCUGAACUAGCUGUGAUGCUUCGGAUGGUUUGGCAUCGACGAAAUUCUCUUGUGCAUGGGGGUAAGCUCCCUCUUCCCAAUGGAAUUUUUAAUUUGGCUGCUAAAUCUAUCCGUAGUCUGCUGAUUGAUGUUCAAGCUGCAAGGGGCAGGUCUUCUCUGUUGACUAUUCCUAUUGCUUCUUCUUGGAGUCCUCCUCAGCUGGGUUUGGUUAAAAUUAAUUUUGAUGCUGCUGCGAAUUCCAAUCAGAAUAUUACUGGUCUUGGAUGUAUUAUUAGGGAUAGUAAAGGCUUUCCUAUGGCAGCCUGUACAGAUAGUAGACCUGUGGCAUUUAAUCCUCUUUUGGCCGAAGCCGUAUCUGCACUCUCUGCUGUGUUAUUUGCACGAGACUUAGGUUUUAGUGAAGUUCAUUUGGAGGGUGAUUCCUUAACUCUUAUUAAUGCGAUUAAUAUGAGGAAUCCCCAUGUCAAUUUGUCGAAUUGGGGUUCAAUUGCUACGCAUGUGCUGUGGGAUUCGAAUGUUGCUGCCCAUUUGCUUGCUAAAAGAGGUCUAUCUUCUUCUUCGUUCCAAGCUUGGAUUGAAGAACUUCCACAAGAGCUUGAAGCAGUUGUCUUGUCUAAUGGUGUUUGGUUUUCGUCUGCCCAAUGGGCAGAGAAAGUAAUCACGGCAAGUGAUUUCUGUAUUGGAUUGAGUGGAUCACAUCACGCCUGUGUCCCUGUACUAGAGGGAAAUCGUAAUGUAGCAAUGCUGCUUGAAAAUAAUAUUUUCAAGGUUGGAUUAUUGGUUGCUGACAAAAAUGGUGAGACAUCUCUUACAAUGUUCGAAGAGGAAGUUCAACAAAUCAUUAUAUUUGACAGGGAGUCAAAAUUGAAGGACCAAAAGCAAGGAGAAGGUGGAAUUAAAUUUGACGAUACAAAGACCGAUGUAUCAAAGAUGAUGAGAAGAAGAAGGAAGGUGCUCAAACGAGCAUAUAAUUCGUUGAACUCUCGACUUGAGACUCUUUACAUGAUGAAGAAUCUGUCAAAGGGUUUGUAUCUCAAGGUGAAGUUCUUAACGUUUAAGAUGACAGAGGGUAGAGAUUUGCAGGAUCAUAUUGAGGAGCUCAACAAGCUGUGUUUAGACUUGAAGAACAUCGAGGUUGAGGAUGAGAAUAAGGCUUUGGUACUAUUACACUCAUUGCCUAAGUCCUAUGAGAUGUUUGUAGCAUAUUAA